UUCUGAUAUUCAGAGAAAGAGUACAGAAUAGAAUCUAAUUUUCUUCUUUGAUUACUCCUCCUAUAAGUCCUAAAGUUGAUAGUAAUUGCUAGCUUGAACAUUACUUGCAGUUUCACUAAGACAUUUAGAAUACAUUAACAAAAAGGAAUAAAAUCUAGGACUGAUAGCUUCUAAUUAUUAUUGUUAUUCUUAUUUAUUAUCAUCUUACCUAUAGUAAUUCUUUUUGAUAUUUGGUUGUGGCUGUAUUUGUUCAUAGCAGAAGCGCCAGGAAAAUUAGGGAGGAAAAUGAAAUUAAACAACCAAAGGGGCAGAGGAGAAGUGAGAAGAUGUACAGAUUACUGUAAUCUAAGCUCAGUAUUUACUAUACCCUCGGGAGCAAAAUUUCGAUGAAACCCAACUUUUUAAGAGGGCAAACCAGGAAAAUCUAUGCGGUUAAGACAACCUCAGUCCUACUCACACACACUGCUCUUCUUGUUCUGUAUGUGCUGUGAGAAAACGGAAUGGGUGCCUUAUCUCUUGCUUCUCUUUCUGAAGAGGAACGCAACAAAAGACUUGUUGAAGCUGGGAAUGAGCUGCUUCAGCAGCUCCCUUCUUCUAAAGAGGAGCUUCUGGAGAAACUUGAUAAUUUAGAGCAUCUUCUGUCAAUGGUGGAGCAAGUUCCACCUGCAUCGGCGCGAGAUGCGUUUCAACCUGCAAGGGAAGCACUAGCUGCAGAUGGACUUCUACGGCAUCCUGACAUAGAUGUGAAGGUGUCAGUUGCAUCUUGCAUCGGUGAGAUCAUGAGAAUUACAGCUCCAGAUCAACCUUAUGAGGAUCACAUAAUUAAGGAAUUUUUUGAGCUUUCAGUAUUGGCAUUUGAGAAAUUGUCUUGCAUUGAUGGUUGUGGUUAUUCAAAGGCUGUUUCAAUUAUCGAAGUUCUUGCGAAGUACCGAACAUGCAUUCUGAUGUUGGAUCUCGAGUUAGACGCAUUGGUGGUUCAGAUGUUUCAACAUUUUCUGAAUAGCAUAAGGCCGGACCACCCUGAUCAUGUAUUCAUGGACAUCGAGGAAAUAAUGAGCAUGAUGAUAAAAGAGAGUGAUGAAAUUUCAAUGGAGCUUCUGAACAUCCUGAUAAGUAGUGUUAAGAAGGAAAACCAGAAUGUUUCACCUCGCUCCUAUAUGCUAGGAGAGAGUGUUCUUCAAAUAAGUGCUGUCAAACUUUGUCCAUAUCUUCCAGAAGCACUGAGGUCCUUGAGCAUUGCCAUUGAUGAUCAUUCUGAAGUUGUUGAAUUGAUAUGGAGAGAGGCAACUAAAAGUAAAACUACGAAUGGUAAAAAGUCUCUCCCUAGUUCUAGGCCAGGAGAAAUUGAUCAAUUUGUGGAUGGAGCAUCAAAAUCACAAGUGGAAAAUGGUCCUGAAGAGCGUUAUCAUAAAGCUGCUUGCUUUGACGAUGCCUGUCCAUCCACGGAAGAAACUUCCAAGUGUCUUCCAGAUGCUGACUCUAAAGUUAUUUCAGCUGAUGACACUGUUGUCUUAUUUGAGCGAUCUGCAGAGGAUUCCUUGAAGGCACCGGUCAAUAAUGACUCAAAAGAGCUUACCCGCGGAGCUGGUUAUGAUAGCAAAGUUGGUCCAUCCAUACCUGGAUCUUCCAAGUCACCUACAAAUGACGACUCUAACGAGCUUGCACCACAUGGUGCACCUGAGAAAGUUACUCCAUUCUUAGAUCAACCAUCUGACUUGCUGGGGAAAUAUGACCCUGAGCAUAAGGAAGAUGUCGUCGUUCCAGAGAUGGAUACAUCUUUGAAAGGAUCACAAUGUGGAGAUGCAACAAAGCAGCAGAAAAAUACAGAUUCAAUGACCAAUUCUCGACCUGAAAACUUAGGUUUCAUACAUGCACCCGAAAAAGAUCUAGAUUCAGAAGCUACUCAAGCUUCAAGGAAAAGAGGUUGGAAACCUAAUUUUUUGAAGAAGCCAGAGGAAGGAUAUGAUCAUGUUUGGUUAAGUGGAGAAAGGAGAUCAAAAGCCUGUAUUCGCUGGAAGGAUUAUGGGAAAGAUACUAAAAAGAGAAGUAGCUGUUCACCUAAAUGUGCUGUCUCCGAUGAAUUGUACUUGUCAUCUGGUGUGGAGAAGACUCCGAAAAUGACUAUAAGAAGACGCCAAAAGGAGCAAAAUGACAUAAUAGGUCAGAAUAAUGGUGCACAAAUUUCAUCAAUUUCAGCAAGAAAUUUACCCGGAGUUUUAACAAAGAAGAAAGUCUCACAACCUAAAUUGAUUGCUUUAGAAGAGUUUGUUGUCUUGGAGGCAUUAGAAAAGAAACAUGAAAAAGGUGACAAGAAAAAUUUACCUGCCAGCUAUCGUGAUAGAAGACAGCGGUCAUCAGUUAAAGAAUCAGGGAUUGAGGCAUUGGCUUCUCUCUCGAUCACCAACAAGAGCAACUUUGCCAAUACCUCUGAAGGUCAACGUAAGAAGGAGAACUCAUCAUCACAAGAAGAGGCAUUGGGUUCUCUCUCAAUCACCAAAGAAAACAACUUUUCCAAAACCUCUAAAGAACAACAUAAAAGGAAGAACUCGCCAUCACAAGAAGAGGCAUUGGAUUCUCUUUCAAUAACCAAGAAAAGGACCUUACCGAAAGCCUCUAAAGAACAACGUAAAAGGAAGAAUUUGCCAUCACAAGAGGAUUCUGCGGAUAAGGUUGUCAGAGAGCACGGUGAGGAGCUGAUUGGCUGCAGAAUAAGGGUUUGGUGGCCACUGGAUCAAAGGUUCUAUGAAGGACGUAUCGCCUUGUUUGACCGUUCAGAGAAGAAGCAUAUGGUGAUCUAUGAUGAUGGUGAUGAAGAAACGCUAGAUCUUACAAGCGAACGCUGGGAACUGCUUGUAGAGGACAAUGCUUCAGAUCCUAGGCGAGAGAUUGUUUCUGGUCCCAGUGAUUCGUUUGACAUGCGCCUUGGUUGCGUGAUUGAUUCAUAUCGUCAUUUAAGGAAAAAGAAGAAGGGGAAAGCAACUGAUGAUCGGACUCCUCGUCCAACAAAGACCAUGCAAGGUGAUUUAAAAGGAAUGCACCAAAUUAAAAGGAUCAAAGUUGAAGUUUCAGAAUCUGAGAUAGAGGGAAAUCCAAUGAGCUUGACAACACCUAGAAAGGUUUCCCCAGGUUCUCCUAUUGAAGAUGGUGAUGAAUGCUGUGAAUUGGUUGAUGUGCAUGGCUAUAAAGUAAAAGUGAGCAGUGCUCCUACACUUGCUGCCAUUUUUAGCAAGUAUGGUGACAUUACAGCCAACUGUCAGUAUAAAUCACCGACCGUCAAAGCUUCCCUUCUUGAGGUGGUUAGUGAUGUUGUCAGGCGGCUGAAAACCAGUGAUAUUGAUGCUAAUUUUUCUGCCAUUCAAGAUAUGAAAUCUGUAGUCUCUGAUGCUGCAGAUGCAAAGCUUGAUGUUUCUUGGCUGCAGCAGUAUCUUGAGGAGAUAUCCGAAGAGGAAGAUGUGAAGAAAAAAUCUUCCAAUCUAAUGGAGUUAAGGGUGACAACAAUGCUUGUCACUAAAGCAGCUAAAAAGGACUUGGUAGAAAGGAAUGGGGAGGUCUUAGCAGCAGAGAAACGGCUCAAAAAGGCUGAAAGGCGCUUGCAAGAGGCGCAAAGCCGAGCAGGAGAGGCAGAAAGGUAUGUCAAAGUAUUUGAAAUACUGGGCAAAAAGAUUCAUCAGGACAUCGAGCAGUGUAAGGAUGCACUAUAUUGGCAGAGUAGGUCGAAUGACCUUCUGUAGCCUGGAUGAAGCUGGGAAGAUGGCAGAUGGUUGAGACUUGUUUUGUACAUGAUGGUGACAUUUAUCUCAUUGCAAACUUUCGCAUUUUGUGCAGUUUCAAGUUUGUCAUAUAACAAAAAACUGGACUUGGUUUUUGUAUGUAAUGCGAUAUGUGCAUGAUUGGAAAAGAUUAUUAGGUUACUGUGUACUGUCUCAAGGAAGACUAAUACCAUGGCCUCUACAACACCAUGAACAAUUGUGGUGAUGUGCUCAGUGUCUUUAGUGUUUUUUUUUUUUUUUUUUUUGAAAAGGAGCUGCUUAAUGUACACUUGAACGAAUCCGCUUCAAAUUUGAUAACUUUCUGUUACAGAACCUG